AUGUCGAUGAUGUUCCCAUCAUUCCAACUGCUAGAGCUGAACAUAAUCUCAGCUCAAGACUUAGCUCCUGUCUCCCGCAAGAUGAAGACAUACGCGGUCGCUUGGGUUCACUCCGAACGUAAACUCACCACACGCGUUGACUACAACGCCGGAACAAACCCAACAUGGAAUGACAAAUUCGUAUUCAGAGUCGACGAAGAGUUUCUCUACGCAGAUACUUCUGCCGUCGUCAUCGAAAUCUACGCUUUGCAUUGGUUCCGAGACGUUCACGUAGGCACGGUCCGUGUCCUCAUCAGCAACCUCAUCCCACCUAGUCGUCGUCCAGGGUACAGAACCAGCAACAACGAGUACCACCAUCGCACGCCACCUCAAGGAAUGAGAUUCGUCGCGCUUCAGGUUCGUCGUGCCUCUGGUCGGCCUCAGGGGAUUCUCAACAUUGGUGUUGGAGUGCUUGAUGGUUCCAUGAGGAGCAUGCCGCUUUACACGCAUAUGGAUUCAUCUGCUGUAGGGUAUAGAGAUUUGCUCGGUGAAGAGGAUCGUCAUCUACAGCAUUUGCAUUUGAAUAGUAACAAAGGAAGCUCCAAGAAUCCACAAUCUCCGUCUUCAAGACAGUUUCAGUCUGUUGUCUCUAGAUCAGAGCUACGUCGUACAAAGAGUGAUACAAGCUCGAUGGUUGUUUCUGAUCUUCUAAGCAGAGUUGAACGUAGCCGGCUAGCUAAACAGCCGGUAAGCGCAUUAGUAAGCAGUGAAGAAUUUGAAACUGAACCAACCACUACGGAUACUGAUGCCACGGAGAUAAAAGAGAAUGGACCUACUAAAAUCAUGAGGCAAAUAUACAAACCAGAUCCAUCACCAAGGGAGAGUCAUGACGUGUCAUACAAUCAUUCGUCACGUAAAACACCUAGAAGAGUUACAAUGAACGAGAAACAUAGACCGGUUAAGGCUCGAGCGUCACCGUACUUGUCAAGACAUGGAACGCCGUUGAGAUCUAACAUCGUCGCAUCUUCUCCUAUGCAACGUAACGAAGUUAGGUCAACACCGAUGAGAUCUAACAUUAUCGCCAUGUCUCCCAUGCAUCCCAACAUGACUUCCAUGACUCCCAUGCAGACUCCUAUGCGUUCCCACAUGACACCCAUGCAGACUCCUAUGCGUUCCAACGUGCUUAGAUCUACUCCAGUGAGACCAAACUACAUGUCUACACCGAUGAGGACAUCGAACUUAGCUGGGAGGAGAAUCUUAACCGAUUUAGAGUUAGGUCCAUCACCAUCAGAAAUCGCUGAGCAACUAGCUAAAAAUAGGUCUCACGCUAACGACACGGAGAGCUCUAUACUCAGCGAGUGGAGCAUCGACGAAACUAGCGUCGAAGGACUACGUUCGAAACUCGAGAGGUGGCGUACGGAGCUACCACCAUUGUAUGAUAUAGGAUCAAGCCAAGUAAGCAGCACUGAGUACGACGGUUCCACGAUCGUUCCUGCCAAUGGAGGAAGGAGUUCGAGAAGGAAAACUCCAGCGGUGAAGAAGCAUAGUCGUAGGCAUACAGAGGGAGGUAAUGGUCUUUUCUCGUGUUUUAGUAAGAUUUGCGGCGUGGAAUGCAGUUUCGCUUGCGGUGGGGGCGGUGGUGGCUCGGUGGAUCAUGAUGAGUCGAGGAAAGGUGGGGCUGGUCGCGUGCACCGCACGUACUCUGCUGAUGAUUUGAGCUCUUUGUGA